UGAUUAGAUGGUGUGUUCAAUUUUAUAAAUAACCGAUUGCAAUCGAAUAUUUCCAAGGUGGUCGACUUUAUCAUCUGUCCGGGUUUAUCAUCAGUACCAGCUAGGGUCGCAGAAAAGCUCUAUAGAGCUUAUGUUAAUUGUUUCACCAAGCGACGGUACAGUAAUAUCAACCAGCCAACCAAAUAUGUCUGGUAGGAACAAAAUGGUUCUCAUGACGCCUAUGUUUGGUUUCUUUGAAAACACAUUGGAUAACAUGGAAAGAAUGAGAGAUGAGACAUGGAGUGAUAUAACACUGAAAGUUGGAUGCAGAUCUCUUUAUGCUCAUCGGUUAGUGUUAGCAGUACACAGUGGUUACUUUAAAACUUUGUUUCUUAGUAACUUCUCUGAUUCCAAAUCAAAAGAGAUAGAUUUGUCUCCUGUUGUUACAGACAUAGAUAUUUUAGAAGUUCUCGUAAAAUACAUGUAUUGUGGGAAAAUAGAAUGUGAGAAGAAAGAUUUCUGGGAAGUGGCAAGACUGGCAUCCUAUUUGGAAAUGAAAGUGUUGAUGUCAAUGUGCGAGAAAUGGAUGAUUAAACAGGUUACUCUUAAUAACUGCGUUGAAUAUUACGUCUUUGCUAACACCCACGGUUAUAGAAAAGCUGAAGAUUUAGCAUACAAAAUAAUUGAACCGAGAUUUCAUGAUUAUAUUGUUUUUCAAGACAGUGCAUUAGUAUUAAAGCCUAAAGAUGUAAUUCCUAUGCUUGACUCUGGAUUUUUCAAGAACUGUGGAAAUGCGUCAUUUUUAGAAUUUCUUGGGAACUGGGUUGCUAAAGGCUGCACUGACCAGCAUGUUGAAGUAGCUAAAGAGGUUUUAGAAUAUCUGGAUCAAGAGAUUGAAUCAGAUUUUACUGUUACUGCCCAUAAAACUCCAAUGAAGUCACUUGAAGAAUGUUGCCAUAAGUUAGAAUCAAAGCUGAGUUACAGAGAUACAAAAGAUGACAAGGAUUUGGCCUAUUCAUUUCUGAAGGAAUUUAAGAGACUAGUGCUUCAGAUACAAGAGGCAAAAGAAAUCCCAAUAGAUGAUGAGGAAAAUGUAGUUUUCACCUUAUGUGAAAGGAAGAAGAAACAAAUGUUGGUGGGUCCUGGUACUAAGGUUAGAUUUACCUCAUCAAUAGGAACAAAGAAAAAAGUGCGAGAUUCAGUGUAUGACAUAUACUUAUUCCGUGAACAUAGCAAUUGUUGGUACCACAUUGAUACUGUUGAAAGUCAUCCUAACUGGUGUUCUAAGAAAACCUUACCAUUUCAUAGGAAGAACAAUGACUGUUUUGUUCUUAAUAAGACUCUUGUAUUUGUGAGGAAAAAUUCAAAACAUGCCAUGAAGUUUGAUUUGGAGAAAAAGGAAUGGAGUGAAUUUAAAUUGCCGUCUGUACAACGUUUUGGUGAAACGUUGAGUGACAUUGGAAAUGAAUUUGCAGUUUGCAAUGAAGAAUUGUAUGUUGUUUUUACAAAGCCAGAUGCUGAGCCAUUGGAUGAAAGGUAUUAUCAUGAAGAUAACCCAAUUGGUAUAAAUGGUUGCUUUUUCGAGAUAUAUAAAGUGAAUAUACAAAAUGGAUCUUUGUCAAAGAUAGCAACAACUGGUCUUUACCCAUUACAGUAUGACCAGUUUGAAUCUGACUUUUUAGGAUAUGAAGGUAUUAGGAGCUCAGCACAUGUGCAGGUAAAUAAAGCAAGCGGGGACAUGUUUGUCCUGGUUUAUCUGGAUGAAUACUUGGGUGAUGGGUGUGAGAUUUUUGAAAAGUAUGUUUCGUUUGUGGUAAACCUUAAAGAUGGAAGCACACAUUUUUUCUCGACAGAGACGAAUGACCAGCUGAAGUACCCAUUCCAUGACCUGUAUAUUGUUGAAAAGGAGGACUGCUUCUUAAUAAUCCAUCAUUUUGAGAAAGACACUUGUGAGAUUAUUGCUGAAUAUAAAUUCCUAUCGAAAAAAAUUGUUUUCAGAGAAGGAGUUUCAAAGCCUAAUCCAGAAUCUCAAGAUCCUUGUGAAGAUGAACCACAUGAGGGAAAGCUGUAUCAUGGAGGUGGAAGUGGCCUGUGGUACUUUUAUGGAAACUCUGACUACACAUGCAACUUGAAAUAUAUUUCAGUUGGAGAAGUAAGUGAAAAAGGAAAUGCAAAUUUGGAUGAAAAUGUUGAACAGAAUGUUACAGGUGACAAAUUUUUUAAAGAAGAUGGAACUGAAGAUACAAAUGCUGAAGUAGAUGAAGGCAAAAAUACUGAAAGCAGUGUGGAUGAAGACAGAAAUGCUGACAACAAUACAAACAGUGAAUUUGGAGAAGAGAGUGAUGAAGAAAAUAAAACUGAAAUAAGAAGAAUUGAUAAGAUUCCACUACCAUUCACAAAUGUGAAAUGUGUUUGCCAAGCAAAAAUGGGGAAGGAAUUUAUUAGUAAACUGGAACCAGUAAAAAUGUUUUUAUUGUAGAAAGUACUUGUUUUGAGCUUUUGAUGGAAGUGCAGUUUGAACUUGGUUUUGAAAAAGGAACAUUGAAAAACAUUUGCACAAGGUUAAGAGUACAUGUAGUAGUAUUGAAACACAGUUACAGUAUUACCUUGUGGUUUAGAGAAGUAGCCUUGAAAUUCAAUAAAAGUGUUUGCAUGAGGUUAAGAAAAGUACUAUAAAAACUCGAUUUCAGUA